AUGCAUCAAUUGAGAAGUGGUGAGACCGCCAAGGUUGUUUGCCUCAUCAUUGUCGCUGCUGCAUCGGGAAUUCUUCUCAGGAAUCUUUUUCUGUGUUACAAAAAUAGACAGUGUGGUAAGGAGGACAGGCCCGAGGGAAACUGCAUCUUUGGAAGGAAGAAGAAGGUUUUAAUUCGUCCGGUGUCGGCUAUAGAGUGCCGCGGUUUUACAAAGGAGGAGCUUCAAGAAUAUGAUGGCAUCCGAAAGAGUGAUAUCUAUGUUAGUGUCAAGGGUGUGGUGUAUGAAGUGGCCCCGCAGCUCUACGGUCCGGGGAAGUCGUAUCAUGUAUACGCUGGACGUGAGAUCUCGCGCUGUCUCGCCAAAUCUGAUGUGUCAAGUAAGGAGGCGAACAAGGAUUGGGAACACGGCUUCAGCAAGGAAGAAAUGGCGGUGUUGGAUUGGUGGGCAAACAAAUUUAAUUCGAAGUAUCCUGUGGUGGGGUGGUUUGUGCCGGAUAAAGACUUCUACACUGAAACGCAUGAUACUAUUCCUCAAUCCUUGUGA